CUUUGUCAAAAGUGAAUGAGGAAACCUGCCCUGGAAUUAGCCUCCAGCGAAGACCCAGCUGUGCUAAGCAAGGCAGCAACAGAGCAGCAGCAGCAGCCCUUGGCAAGGCCACAGCUCCCUCUGGCAACCCAAGUCAUGCCCUGGCAGCAAUCUCCAGCGGUGGUGCUCUUCCUGUCCCUGGCUGUGAUUUUGCAUUAUGACAGUCACAUAAGAGCACAAGGGUUUCCAGAAAUCACAGACUCUUCUCAGCCUACGGAAGCAGCAAUGGUACAGGACAUAGCAAAGCUUUCCCUGCAACCAACUAACCAAGUGCCUCCCAAAACUACAGCAGCAAGAUCAACAGAUGGGCACAUUACCUCUCAGAUAGCUGCCACAACUUCUAACUCUGAGACCCCAAGCACACGCACAACAAUGAAAACUCUACCAACAACCUCCCUGGUGACGACAAACAGCACCCCCUCCACCAGCCCAAUAAUCCACACCCUCUUCACAACCCUGGCUACACCCAACAACUCACACACGGCUACUCUAGUCACUGAGGCUACAAUCGGCCCCAGUGCAGCUCGCAGUUCACCACCACCCACCAUCACUCCAUCAACCCAUACAACAGGAACCAGCCCAUCGACUGUCAGCCACACAACUGGGAAGACCACCCAAUCCAGUAAUCAGACCACCCUUCCAGCAACUUUGUCCAUCUCACCACACAACAGCACAACCAGUCAGAUGCCCACUCAACCCACCCAUGCUCCAGGAACAACCACAGCCACACACAAUGGCACCCAGACAGCCUCACCUGCCACCACGACUCCUGGGCCCACGCUUGCACCUCAGCCAUCAACAGCUAAGACUGGAAUUUAUCAAGUUCUAAAUGGAAGCAGGCUCUGUAUCAAAGCAGAGAUGGGGAUAGAGCUGACAGUUCAAGACACAGAGUCGGUUUUUUCACCUCAGAGAUACUUCAAUAUCGACCCCAAUACAACCCGAGCCUCCGGGAAUUGUGGCUCCCGAGAAUCCAACCUUCUCUUGAAUUUCCAGGGCGGAUUUGUAAAUCUCACGUUCACCAAGGAUGAAAACUCAUAUUAUAUCAAUGAAGUGGGAGCCUAUUUGAUGGUCUCAAAUCCAGAGAAAAUUUACCAAGGAAUGAAAAGUGCUGUGAUGAUGUUUGAGACUGUGAUUGGGCAUUCCUUCAAGUGUGUGAGUGAACAGAGCAUCCAGCUGUCUGUCCACCUUCAACUGAAAACAGUGAAUGUCCAACUUCAAGCCUUUGAUUUAGAAGAUGGCCACUUUGGAAAUGUGGAUGAGUGUUCGUCUGACUACACAGUUGUGCUUCCGGUGAUUGGGGCCAUCGUACUUGGUUUUUGCGCUGUGGGUUUGAUUGUCUAUGGAAUCCGCCUAAGGCGUGAGUCAUCUGGAUACCAGAGAAUCUAAUAAUUGGAGUCCAGGGGGAAAAGAAAAUAAUGGAGUGUAGAGAAUUCUUUCAUAGUUUCCAAGAUAUUAGGGACUUCCCUUAGAGUAUGGGUCCUUCCAACAAUGUAAACCGCCUUUCACAAAAACUGAGUCAUUUCUGAUUUAAGUUUAAACAGCACAUCAAUUUCUAAAUAUUUUUGUUUAUUUUAUGAAAGCUCUAGUGAGUAGUUUAAGAGUAUUUUCUAGUUUCCUUCAGAAUAUUUUAACAAUUCAAAGUCAACAUUUGAAAUACCUUAAAAUAACAUAAUCUGUGUAAGGUGGUAUAUACCUCCAAUUUAUAAACCAAAGCAUCAACUGUAAUCAACACUACUUGUGUUCAUAUUCAGUAUCUUAUUUUAUCUUUGAUCUUUUCCAUUUUUAAAAAAUGCCUCUGCUUUGUCUAUAAAAUGGAAUUUCAGUGCUUUUACUAUCCAUGUUUUAUAUGAUAAACACAUGUCUGGCUAUCGACUAACUCCUUUCCCACUUUACGUGUUUUUUAAAAAUCAUCAGAAAAAACAGCGUAUCACAGGUAGCCUAGGUUUUCCAGCAGACACCAACAAGAGGAACAAAUCAGCUUUUAUUUUUUUAUCUAGAUGACUCCUACUUCAGAAUCACUAAACGCUAAGAAUUAGGUGGCUAUGGACAACAGAACUAAAUCAUAAGCAAGAAACAAUCAAAAUGGCCCUUAAUUAUCGAGCCCAUAUGCGCCAGACACUCAGCUAAGCAGGUUACAUACAUCUCAUUUAAUUCUCAUGACUCAUAGAUGAGUAAACUCAGAAUUAACUAAAUUAUUUAAAUGUCACCUAGCUGACAAGUGGCAGAGCUAGAAUUUGACUUCCCAUUGGUCUGAUACCAAGGUCUCUGGUCUUUUCACUACACCAAGUUGCCUACAAAAACAAUGACACUUAGCGCUCCCCAAAGCCUCACACCAGCAUAUGCUUUCUUUUCACAAAGGAAAUAAACUUACCCAGAAUCAUGAGAGCUGAAGGUAGAUUAAAGGACUUGACAGUAGCCUGUCUUUAAGUUCUCAACUCCCUUGAAGGAGACUGAGGACCCUGUAAAACAUUAGUCCAUUUCUCAUUGUUAUGGGAUUGUUUAGCUGUGGCUGUAAAGAUUAAGGAAUGGAGUAAACUUCUCAAGGUAUUUUUUAUUUCUUUCAAAACAGCAAUUUUUGAACCACUAACCAACUUUUCUUUCUUGAAUGUAGUUCCCCCCUCUAGUGGUAGCUUGCUUCUUUUGCACUUUUACAGCCACGUUUUCUAUACUAGUUUACUUUAUUCUGUGGAGCAGUCUGCAGAAAAAAAGAAAAAAAAAUCCCUGCUUGUUUUUACUGCUAAAGAAAGGAAUGAAGUCAGGACAUUAACAGAAAAGACCACAUGCCCCAGGCGUUCUUUAGUAAAGGAAUAAUUCAAGGCACCCCAGAGUACAUAUUGACUUUCCUGACUUGUUCUCUUAUGAGUCAAUAGGGUUGGCGAGGUCCUGACUUGAGUCUUAAUAGAAUAUUGAAUUGUAUUAAAAGUUUCUGGAAUAAAAACCUAUUUGGGAGAUUCA